UACCCCGACAGGACAGAUACAUGGCGCCUUGACGACUGUGCUGUUAUAACAUGGAGGGGAACACUCCAGCUACUGUUUACUCCGAUUUGGGAACAGUCACCAGUGAAGUUCCGUGACAGAUUCUCUGACAGACUAACAGAGGUGAUGGGUCGUCGGGCUGCACUCUUCUACACCUUAGCUCUCGUAGGCGUGGCAGCAGCAGGGGCCUACAAACACACUUCUCUAGUGGCCGGGCCCGCCCCUGGGUACAUCACCUCCCCGUCCUGGCCCGUCAACUACCCACAUAACCACCAGGAGACGUGGACAUUGACGGCGAUUCACUCCAUCUACGUCAUCGUAGUGCAGGCUGUUGCUACUCACAUCGAGCCGGAUCCGGCGUGCAGAUGGGAUUACGUCCAGGUGCAUGACGGCCCCACCACGCUCAGUCCGCCACUCGGGAGGUUCUGCGGCUUCUCCCGACCCAUGUUCACCUCCUCCAGUAAGAACAUGACCAUCAUGUUCACCACCGACGACAGCCGCAGCUACGCCGGAUUCAAGAUAAAAUACUGGUGCAGCUUGAAGCCGGAAGUGAUUGUGAAGGCCCCCAACUCACACACAGACAACAUCGUCGCAGUGGUCCUCGCCACCAUCAUGUUCUUCACAGUGUCGUACUUCGUCAUCACCACAGCGUGUCGGGGGUCAACCGGAAGGGCGUGGUGGAUGGCAGGGUUGAGGACCUCCCAGAAGAAAGUCUCGGAUGAUUAUUACCAGUACAAGGAUGUUGUGGAGCUUCGCAAAGAUGACACCCGUAUGACUGAAACGGAAGCGUAGCUCACGUUAGGUGUGAAGUAUUGUUCUGUUGUUACCCUCAUUCACGUCGGUGUUGCAAUCUGUGUACACCCGUUUAUCCAGACUGUAUUGUAUCAAAUGAUCAUCGUCCACAUAAGCAGAUCAGUGGCAUGGAGUAAUGUCCCUUUGUUUGUAUAUGGACCUUCCAAACAGCAAUGUCCCGGAAGCUGGCUUUCCGAAUUAACGAGGUUAACGAUAAAUUGAAUGUAUGUUAACAGAAACUUUUGACAUUUAUAACAAAGAUCUAUCGGAAUUUUUGUUAAGCUUUCGAGGCAAAGACACGUAUAAAUGUUUAUUUCAUUGGUGAUUUACGACUCAACUCCUGCGCACCUUUUACCAGACAUAGUGCAGUUCUUGAAAGGCAUGUAGAUGCUGGACGAACAUAAAUGCAUGACACGU